AUGAAGAGAUAUGAGCAGUCAGAAAAUAGACCAGUGCAAUUCUUCCUGUUCCCAAAGAAGACCCCUGUCCCCAAGACAACAUUCAUUUCUUCCAUACUUACCCUUAUAACUGCUGAAAACGAAAUCAACAAAAAAGAUGUGAUUGAAUCACUAGGAGAGAUUAAUAUCACAGAAAUGGGUAAAAGAAAGGUAGGGAGUAGACGACUGUUGAAAAUGUCAACAGAUUUAUCGAAAAAAUCCGUCAGAGUGACGGGUGUUCGAUUUGUUGACCACAUUUCUUGUGUGACGUCCAACCGGAUGUGGCUGAGUGAUGAUAAUAAUCUAAUUUUAGCAGACAAAAAGGAUGAAACUAUAUGUCAUCUUACAGACAUAGAUAGCGACAUAUAUAGUUAUGGAUUACAUACAGUUUCCAACGAUGGAGAUCUGAUAUAUAUAGACAAGGAUUCAACCAUCAACAAACUAGAUAGAGGCAUCAAAACAAAAUUUAUCUUGAUGAAUAUGACAGAAGCAUGGAAACCACGUUGUAUUUUUUGCUCCCCUUUCAACGGAGAUAUUCUUGUCGGGAUGAAGAAACAUGACGCGGAUGAAGGCAAAGUUGAUCGGUACAAUAGCACAGGAAAACCCAUCCAAAGCAUAAUUUACAACACGAAAGGUCGGAAUCUGUAUAAAAUUCCUAGCUAUGUUACAGAGAAUCAUAACGGAGAUGUAAUUGUGUCUGACCAGGGCCUGGAAGCCGUAAUAGUGACAGACCAACAUGGAAGGCGUCGCUUUUCUUACACAGGGCCUCCAUCUGGAUCUCCGCUAUCACCUCGUGGUAUCUGCACAGACGCUUUUCUACACAUCAUAGUGUGUGAUUCUAACACAAGGACAAUGCAGAUGAUUGACAAGAAUGGUCACUUUUUAGAAUGGCUAAGGACAGAACAAGAUGGAAUAAGUAUACCAUGCGGACUGUGUUAUAAUGAUAGAAAUCACCUACUUAUGGUAGGAUCAUGGAACAGCAACACAGUGUGUGUUUACAAAUACAUUCAGACACUAAAGUUUCUAACAGACAACUAG